CGACUAACUCGGCCAGCCCUCGGACUUAGCACCUUCGCCGCUGUCGGCCCUCAUCCCCAAGCCACUACUCUUUAGCUAUCCGCUUGCCGUUCUCUCCUAGACCUACUUCCCCGCAUUCUGCGGAGUACAUAUCAGCCGACCAUGAAUUCCGCCAUGCACGACGAACACCCGCACCCUCUACUAGCACAAGUCCCGCUCACCGUGUCACCCUUCGUCUCUCUCCCCACCGCCACGCCCCUGCCCUACGCCUACAAAACGCUGCCGUCGACGCUUCCGCCGUCGGUGACCGACGUCCCCGCGACCGCGCCCGCCGCCGACGUGUCCGCGGACGCCAACGCCGCUCCGCCAAAGCCCGCGUACGUGACCUCGUCCUCGGGCCACGCCGCCCACCCCGACCACAUCAUUGCGUCGUGCCGCGCGCUGCAGGCGCACCUGACCCGCCUGACCGAGGACGCGCAGGCCACGGUCCGCAAGUGGGAGGACCAGAUCCGCGAGCGCGACUUGGCUGAGAAGCGCCGUGUUGCGCCUGGCUGGCUGGAUGAGGAGGUCAAGUUGCUGGUACCGGAGCGGAAGGGCGGUGCGGAGCAGCAGGGCUUGCCCGGCCAGCAGCAGCAGCGGAGCUUGUUGGAUGCUGACGAGGGCGGUGCUGGUCCGAUGACUGGUGUGGUGGAGAACAAUAAAGAGGGUGAAGAGCUAGACAGGGCGUUUGGCGGGAUGGGGAUUCGGUGAUUCAUGCAUCUUGCAUUACGCUGGUUUAUGGGCGUUGGCAUUUUGUAAAUGUGGGGAAGACUCGUCAGUUCUCAUCAAGUGGUGGACACAAGUCAUUAAAAAAAAGAGCCGGAGAAGGGGUUACAACUAGAUGCCUGGCUGCGGACGCUAUCGCUCCUACCAAGGAUUGCUUGGGACAAUCGGUUCGAGGUUUGUUUAUGGGUUAAUGUUUGCAUGUUAAUGGGUUUAAAAUGAGGGAAAUGCCAUGAGAAAAAAGACAAUCAAGCUACCGGAAUUGGAUGUACAUGGCAG